UCAAUUCCAGAUUGGCUUCUGCGUGCUUAUUGGCAUGGCAGCUUCUUGCGACCUGUACCCAAAUCAUCGGCGGUCUUUCAGGCUCAUUGCCAGUCAAUGAUUGGCCACUGCGAUCUGCGCCCGUCUGCAGUAGUAGUCAUAAUACUGACCAGUCCUUUCUUCCGAGCACGCCUCUUCCGUCUACCACACUCACCAAUCCUAUCUUGCACCAAAGCCAUUCAUCGUGAUCCAGCAAAGAUGCCUCCCAAGAAGCGCCCCCUCACGCCGUUGACCGACGAAGAGCUCUCUGAAGACGACCCGUUGACCAAGGGCAAAACGACUUCUGAGCGCCACCCGAGCAUGCAGCAAGACACAGAACAAGGACAGGCAUUCGUACCAAGUCCUGCACCAAGUGAGGCCGAGGCGAAGCCUGCCACACCAAAGAAAAAGUCUCGAUCGGCAACAGCCAGCCCUGCAACGCCGCGCAAAGAUGUGGGUUGGAGUGAAGCAGAGACUAUCAAGGCGCUGCUCAUCCUCUUCGCCUCGGAUGGAGUGCCUUCUGUGACCAAAACCAAGAAGACUGCAAUCGCGAACGCUCUGGGGCGUAGCGAGGCGGCUGUUGAGAAUUGGUUUCACAAGCGAAUCAAAAGGCAGAUUUUGGAAAUCAACACCAAGGCCGACGUCGCUGCCACGGAGUCUGGGCCAAAGAUAUAGAUGCGGAGCCUUUACCCGUCCAAAUCCUCGAAGCUCCGUAACAGCGUUGGUGGAGAAAGGCUGAACAACACCGAAAUGCAGCUAGGUCGAUGUAGCCGGGCCAAGCGGAGAAGAGAAAAUUGCACUGCGAGAGUUAUGCGCAUCACGCUGCACUCCCCGCACGUCGGAUCCGACCCCGCCGCAGUGAAGAGAGGUCGGAUCGAGAGUCAUGCACGAUUUCAGAGUCAAGAGUCUUGUGCUUCUUCAGGCGAUGCUUCGAAUGUCUUGGUAAAACCAUCGUAGCGCGAUGUUGAGCCUGAAGUGGUGACAAGACUUUGCAGCCAUGAUUCCCAUCAUUCCUGACUGGACUUUGACAAGAAUGAUGAUCA